GGGAGGUGGCCGCGAGGGGCGGGGCCGGCGGGAGCCCGCGGCGGAGGCGGGGCCGGCGGCUCGGGCGCUGCGUGCCGCCGCGCCUGUGCGGGCCCUCGGGGCUGCGCGAGCGGGGCUGGGACGCCGAGUGGUGCCUCGCCGCCGCUCCCGGGGUCGUGACGAUGCCUACGUAGAAGAGUGGCAGCAGCUGGACUCAGUGUUCCCCUGCUGAACUGGCCCUCAGGUAUCCUGGCUCUGGCGAGUGCUAUGGGAGAUUGGAUGACUGUUACAGAUCCAGGUCUGUCUUCAGAAAGCAAAAAUAUCUCUCAAAAUACCUCAGAAACAAAGAUGUCUCCAUCAAGUUUAUACUCACAGCAAGUGCUAUGUUCUUCAAUACCUUUAUCAAAAAAUGUGCACAGUUUUUUCAGUGCCUUCUGCACAGAACAGAAUAUUGAACAAAGUAUUUCAUAUCUGGAUCAGGAAUUGACUACUUUCGGGUUUCCUUCAUUAUAUGAAGAAUCCAAAGGUAAAGAGACAAAGAGAGAAUUAAAUAUAGUUGCUGUUUUAAAUUGUAUGAAUGAGCUACUUAUACUUCAGCGGAAGAACCUUCUAGCUCAGGAAAAUGUGGAAACACAGAAUCUGAAACUGGGAAGUGAUAUGGACCAUCUGCAGAGCUGCUAUGCAAAACUUAAGGAACAACUGGAAACCUCCAGGAGAGAAAUGAUUGGGCUUCAGGAAAGAGACAGACAGUUACAAUGCAAGAACCGGAAUUUGCAUCAGCUACUGAAAAAUGAAAAAGAUGAGGUGCAGAAAUUACAAAAUAUCAUUGCAAGUCGAGCUACUCAGUAUAAUCAUGAUAUGAAGAGAAAAGAGCGUGAAUAUAAUAAGCUAAAGGAGCGUCUACAUCAGCUUGUUAUGAACAAGAAGGAUAAAAAAAUAGCUAUGGAGGUUUUAAAUUAUGUGGGGAGAGCUGAUGGAAAAAGAGGCUCCUGGAGGACUGGUAAAACGGAAGCCAGUUUCUUUCUCAGGAAUGAAGAUGAAAUGUAUAAAAUUCUCUUGAAUGAUUAUGAAUAUCGCCAGAAACAAAUCCUAAUGGAAAAUGCUGAACUUAAGAAGGUUCUUCAGCAAAUGAAAAAGGAAAUGAUUUCUCUUCUUUCUCCCCAAAAGCAGAAACCUAGAGAAAGAGCAGAUGAUGGUACAGGAACUGUUCUCUCUGAUGUUGAGGAAGAUGCUGGGGAACUGAAUAGAGAGAGUAUGUGGGACCUUUCCUGUGAAACUGUGAGAGAGCAGCUUACAAACAGCAUCAGGAAACAGUGGAGAAUUUUGAAAAGUCACGUAGAAAAACUUGAUAACCAAGUUUCAAAGGUACACCUAGAAGGUUUUAAUGAUGAAGAUGUAAUCUCACGACAAGACCAUGAGCAAGAAACUGAGAAGCUCGAGUUAGAAAUUCAGCAGUGUAAAGAGAUGAUUAAAACCCAGCAGCAGCUUCUACAGCAGCUUGCUACUGCGUGUGAUGAUGAUACCACUUCACUGCUGCGAGACUGCUAUUUGUUGGAAGAAAAGGAACGCCUCAAAGAAGAAUGGUCCUUAUUUAAAGAGCAAAAAAAGAAUUUUGAGAAAGAGAGACGAAGCUUUACAGAAGCCGCUAUUCGGCUAGGAUUGGAGAGAAAGGCAUUUGAAGAAGAAAGAGCCAGUUGGUUAAAGCAACAGUUUUUAAAUAUGACUACCUUUGACCACCAGAACUCAGAAAAUGUGAAACUUUUCAGUGCCUUCUCAGGAAGUUCUGAUCGGGACAAUCUUACAGUACACUCGAGGCCACAGCAGAAGAAGCCUCACAGUGUGUCUAACGGGUCUCCAGCUUGCACAUCCAAACUUACGAAAUCUCUUCCCGCUUCUCCUUCUACUUCAGACUUUUGCCAGACACGUUCCUGUGUGUCUGAACAUAGUUCAGUCAACGUGCUGAAUAUCUCUCCUGAAGAAUCUAAACCAAAUCAGGUUGGAAGAGAAUGUACAAAUCCGAAAUGGAGCGUGGCGUCCAGACCUGGGGCGCGGGAAGGUUGCUAUAGCGGAUGCUCCGUGACCUGCACAAAUUCUCAUGUAGAAAAAGAUGACUUACCUUAGACAUGUGGACUGGAAUCCUUUUCAUUAACAUGUUCAUCGCAUGUCACAUCUAAGUUGAAACAGGAUGUGUCAUAAAGUCAAUCAUCCAGAAAUAUAAGAUGGUCUGAGUUCUUUGUCUGGACUUCCCUGUUCCUCCCCCAAAGAGCUAAAAUGUUAAAUCUAUUUAAAAGGAUAUAAAAGCUUUGGAUAUGUAUUUUUAGUAACAGAAGCAUCUGGUUCUGCGAAUAAAGGAAUGUAUAGAUGUUUGGAUGGAAACAAAAGCACUAGAAUGAGUUUCCUCUUAUAGAUAUGAAAAUAGCACUUUUAGGAAACUGAUUAUUGUAAAUGUUUAAUUUUGUUUCAUAUGUAGUUGGCAUUGAAAGUUUAGCCUUUACUUGAAUGUACACUGUAGAUUUUUAACAAAGCAAGUUCUAUAUUUAUUAUGUUUAGUGUGAUUUGAAAUUUCCUCUUUCAUAUGUUUUAAAUAAAGUGAAAUUUAUGUAUGUUUUGUACAUAGAUAUACAUGAUUAUGUUUAAGAGGCUUUAAGAUUUAAAAAUUUUACACAUCCAUAAUUAUAGUAUUUCAUGCCAAUUUUUUUUAGCGAUAUUCUGUUUACAGAUGUUUUAGAACCAUGUUACGUUUAAGAAUUUUUGAACCCAUCUGAGCAAUAAAUCCUCAAAAGCUAUUCCAUGAAACUGAAUUCUUUAUAUAAUUGACAUUACUAACAUUACACUUUUGAGAUUUCUACAUCAUUAGAAAUGAGCAUUUUUAUUUUGUAUAUGUAGGAUAUAAUUUUUCAAAGGACUUUUGAUUAUAGGGUAAUAGCGCUAAGACAUCAAGAGUACCUUUGAAUAAAGCAAUUUAAGAAAAUGGGUUUAAGAUAUUUGGAUGAUAGAAGAUAGCAAGAUAUUUAAGAUAUUUGGAUGGUGAUAUUUCCUUUACCAGAUGGUUACACCAUAACACCUGUACCAGCUGGGCUUUGUAUAGUUGCCAAUAACUUUUAAUUUUUCAGUGAGGUAUUUGCCACUAAUGAUAAGGAAAUCUGACCGUGUAAAAACAUCCAAUUUUACAAUCCAGAUCCUAUGAUACUCUGGACAGACUGUGUCAUUUCAUUUUCAGAACUGAUUGCAUGUUUCUUCAUGUGUGUUGUUGUUGUUGACACUAAUAAGAAAUGCAGUCCCAGGAUUUUCAUCAAAAAGCUUUAAGUGCCUGACCUUGUUUGUGUCUGUACAUAGACGCCUCCACAGAUCCAGUCCGUGCUGGGUGUUGUAAUUUAGCCCAUCUGCCUUCCCAUUUUCUAGCAGUUCGACCACUCAACAUUUACCCUGUGUGGCUGCUCCGUUUACAUUUGUCGUAUACAAGUCUAUUUUUGUCACCUGUUCACUGUAUAACUCUCUGGGAUUGUGUAGCAGCAGCCGUUUUUUCAGGGGUGUUAGGAUGUCGAGUAUCUUCUAAGAUAUUCAUGAACUCAUAACAAAGUAACCACAUUUAUAGUCUCAGAAAGCUGGCUCUUGAGCAAAAGCAAGUUAGUCACUACCUUCAGCUUGAUGCAUGCUCACUUCUUUACUGUUUAAAAUAUUAGAAAUGACACAGAAUUUCAGAGUGCCAUAUUGCAAAGGAAGAAACCGCUGGGAUAGAAUUCUUUUGCUAUUGAGCAAUAAUGUGAUCAAAGGCAAUCAGAAAUUUUUGAAAGUAGUCCAUGAUACAUUUGUCAAAAAUUUUUUUUUUCAGGGGUUUCCAUGAUAUACUUUGCCAGAAACAAGCAUUUUAAUUCUUAAAGUGAAUCUCUUACUUUAGGGGAUGUUGCAUUCCAUGACAAUGGAUUUCUACAAAGCAGCAUCUGGUUUUCAUUGUGUUUCCAUUUUAAUGUUGGUUGAAUUCUCACGUUGGAAAGAAAAAUUCCUUGAGACUUGACUUUGAAAUCUAAGGUGUGAAAGAAACAGUAAAGUGAAAGCCAGGUUCAUUGUACUUUUGAUGAAAGUCUGCAUAGAUUUGCUAGAAGUUGUGUUUUACCAACAGCGUCAGUUUUGCUUUACUGUACAUUCCAACUCCGCACUGACUCCCAGUCACGCCAGACUUCCCAGGAUGUUGGAAUGGCUUCCGUGCUGGAAAACUCCACAUGUGAAGCUCCUGGGCUUUUAUUUCCCUUCCCUUUCUAGGUAUUUGCAGUGUGCUGAUAAUCCAGCUGUGCUGCUGUCUUCAGUUUAGCCCUGAUUAGAUGAUGGUACCACAGUGUCCUUUAGCUUCAAAGUCCUCCUGAUAAUCUUAAACAUUUUCUUGUUUAUUAAUAUGUAAAGCUGAAGUAUUUUGUACCUCAAGUUUAUUUUUACAUGGCAUAUCCAUUUUGAAUUUUCAAAGCAUAAAAUUGGCAAAGAAAAUUUAAGAUAAUUUUAUUUCCUAUUCAAAUUUUUGUAUCUUCAAUUUAUGGUGAUGAGAAACUUAAUAGAAGAAUAAUCAUACCAGAAAAUUAAAAUUUAGUAAGUAGACAUUUUCUUAUAGAAGCAAUGUAUGAAAUGUUUGGAUUCACAGUCCACAGCAGAUUAUUUUCCUCAUGGUAUAAUUAACAUAGUGUUGUGACUAGAGUUCCAUACUUCCUACCUUUGCUUACCAGACUUGUUCACAGGCUUGUGGUAACACAGUUUUUGUGGGAAAACACAUUCCAUGGUGCAUGAAGAGAAGGAGAGCGCCCUGGAGUCCAGUCUUCACCUCCCCGUGGAGCAUCUGAAAACCCCUGGAGGCCAGGAGGGGCCUGCCUGGGACGCUGCGAGCUAGCAAGCCCAUGUGUGAUUGCCCUGUUGUAAAAAUCUUCAAAGUAUGUUGCCUAAUGUAAAUCAUGCUCUUGUUUCUAGAUUGGAUUCAAAGUAAAUAUCGGUCAUGGAAGUCUAGUAAAUAUACUUUUCCCUA